GAAAUUCUCACACGAUUCCUGGCAGGACUGGCCAGAGAUUCAGUUUUUAAAACAUUGGGGGGAGUCCUGGGGAAGUUUGAGAGGAAGACAGCAAAACAGAUACUAGACUGGGUGAAGAAGAAAGCUGAACAGGUCUUGUGUCACCAAGAUAAAAGUGAAGCUCUGCGAGUGUGUCAGUGGCUUUAUGAGACUCAGAAUAAGAGAUUAAUCAGAGACACCAUUGCUAAGGAUUUGAAGAUGGACUUUAGUAGCACAACUUUGUCUCCUCUGGAUUGUGCUGUACUAGGCUCUCUCAUCAGCUGCUGUGGAGAACUCGAGGAGCUCGUCCUGCCAAAGACAGAACUCACCCCAGAGUGCAUCAGCAGACUGGCGCCAGGUCUCAGCUGCUGUAGACAUGUCAACCUCGACACAUGUCAUCUCACAUCCACAUGUUGCUCAGCUCUGUCCUCAGCUCUUUCUUCUCAACAGUCAAGACUGACUGAAUUGAACCUGAGAAACAACAACCUGGAGGAUUCAGGAGUGAAUCAGCUGUGUGAGGGGCUGAGGAGUGAAAACUGCAAAUUAGAGAAAGUAAACCUCGGUACAUGUCAUCUCACAAUCACGUGUUGCUCAGCUCUCUCCUCAGUUCUUUCUUCUCCACACUCACGACUGACUGAACUGGACCUGAGCAGCAACAACAACCUGGAGGAUUCAGGAGUGUCUCAGCUCUGUGUGGGGCUGAGGAGUGAAAACUGCAAAUUAGAGAAACUGAGGCUGUCUGGUUGCCGCCUCACCUCCAAAUGUUGUUCAGCUCUCUCCUCAGCUCUUUCUUCUACACACUCAAGACUGACUGACCUGGAGCUGAGCAAAAACAACAUGGAGGAUUCAGGAGUGGUUCAACUGUGUGAGGGGCUGAUGAGUGAAAACUGCAAAGUGGAAAAACUGAGCCUGUCCUCAUGUGGUCUCAGCUCCACAUGCUGCUCAGCUCUCUCCUCAGCUCUUUCUUCUCCAAACACACGACUGAUUGAACUGGACCUGAGCUUCAACAAACACCUGGAGGAUUCAGGGGUGGCUCAGCUGUGUGAGGGGCUGAGAAGUGAAAACUGCAAGUUAGAGAAAAUGAAUCUGUCAUCAUGUGGUCUCACCUCCAAAUGCUGCUCAGCUCUUUCUUCAGCUCUUUCUUCUCUACACUCACAGUUAACUGAACUGAAGGUGAAUGGCAACAUCAUGAGGGAUUCAGGAGUGGAUCAGCUGUGUGAGGGGCUGAGAAGUGAAAACUGCAGAUUAGAGAAACUGAGCCUGUCUGAUUGUCAUCUCACCUCCAAAUGUUGCUCAGCACUCUCCUCGGUCCUUUCUUCUCCAAACUCACAACUGACUGAACUGCAUCUGGGCAAGGAGAAUGUGGAAAAGUCGGAGGAGAAAAAUUGCCUAGAUUAUUCAGGAGUGGCUCAGCUUUGUGAAGGUCUGAUGAAUGAAAACUGCAAAUUAAAGAAACUGGACCUGUCCUCAUGUGGUCUUGUCUCCAGAUGUUUCACAGCUUUCUCCUCAGCUCUUUCUUCUCCACACUCACGACUGACUGAACUGGAUCUAAGUGAAAAUGACAUGGGGGAUCAAGGACUGCCUCAGCUGUAUGAGGGGCUGAGGAGUGAAAAUUGCAAAUUAGAGAAACUGAAACUGUGGGACAAUAAAAUAAGUGACAAUGAGAAGAAAAACCUGUCUUCACUACAGGAGGAGCUAAACAAGACUGGAUGGCAGGUGGAGAUCAUCACAUGAGAAGGCUGGACAUGAUGAUCAACUAAAAGCAGUGAUGGCAUCCCAGUCCACUCAGUCUCCUAAAAACUUUCUUUUUAUAUUCUCAUCAGCUCUCCACCACAAAUAAUAAACUCUCCAUGUCUUCAUCUCACCCUAUGUGCUUCUCUAUUAAACUCAAGUGUGUUUGUCCAUCUUGUCACUUAACUUGUGACAACACUCCACAGGUCCAGGCCAAAGACUAGCUGGAGAUACACAGUGCAGAUUGCCCUCCAAAACACCUGGGCUCACAAAACUCACUGAUGGUAGCAACAGUAGCAACGUCAGGUGGGUAGUUCAAUUGUGGGGGUGAUGUGGGUGAUGUGCCUGUCCUGGGAUCGGUGACAAGUUUGGAAGGGGCCCCAGCCCACCACAGGCCAAGCUGGUCUUCAUCUCAGCAGAAACAUCACAACAUGUGGUGCUGUCUGAACCCGUGUUUGCCCCUCUCCUUUGCACACAAUUCAUGACUUCUGCACCUGAGUGAACAGACACUGCUGUGGGUUGAUUUAUACUUUGUUGGCUCAUUGACACUCAAGAGGCUCAGGUCUCUUUGUCUUCUUUCUCACUGCCUCAUCUUUAUUUGACAAGACAAAGAAACGUCAGGCCUAGUAGAAAAUGUGAUGCCUUGUGCCUGAUGUGGCCUCACUAUUACAGUGUAUUGGAAACCUUCAUUUGUGAAACAGAGGAUUCGAAAAAGCUCUGCGUGAUAUGCCUUAAAUAUUAGAUAACUGAUAAGAUUAAGAGGGACAUUCAUAAUUAUAAUUUACAUUGAUCCCAUAAAGACAUAGAAUGUUGUACUGUAGAAUGAUUUAAAAUGAAUACACACAAUAAAUGUAGUUGUAAUCCUGAAACUAUGUAACAUUUAUCUUCAUGUAAUGGGUCAUUGUGCAAAAUGCCACCUAACAAAGAUGUCUGUUUUCUUAAGUGCAGUCUUAUUGUGUUCAUAAGGUUUAAUUACUUAUGAACACUUUGAAAUAUUUUUUUCUUGUUCCUCUUAAUUCACCAAUCCCAAAAGACCCCAACUUAUAAUAUAUUGCUUGAUUCAUCUUGAUUUCUGAUUAUGCAAGAAGUUCAGCUAUUUGGGAUUUCUCCUCUUUUAGACCUCCAGACUAUGAAAACCUUAAUUUGUAAACUAUUUUUGGACCAUAUAUUGUUUUCUUCUUAUGAUAAAGAAAAAAAAAAAACAAUAAGAAAA